UCGUGAUAUUUUGCAUAUUGUACGGUGCAGUGAUGUGUUUGUGUUUGCCGACACUCGACAGAUCUGGACCCAUUCGGAAGGAUUUCAUUUGAAAUGAAUCAGGACAUGAUGCGAUCACACGUUUCCAACAAAACGACCCUCAUCGCCAUCGUCUUCCUUCUCGUCCUCUCGACAUCGUCCGCGGACAAUAAUCGGACGUCGGAAGGCACCGUAUGGCGGCGAGCCGGCAGGAUGACCGGAUUAUUGCUGGACAGCUGUUUCCGGUCGCUGGCUCCGGGCGCGACCCCGGAAGAAAUGAUGGCCAUCUUAAGCAAUUGUUUUGCUACUAGGAGUUUGGCCGCCCUGAGGAGGGUCUUGGAAGGGGACGUCGUGGGGAUAUGGGACGGGGUGGAAUUCGUGAGGGACAGGAGGGAGGAGGGGAAUUAUACGAGGAGCGACAGAUAUCUUGGAAAGAGGAGGAGGAACGAACCAUUUGACGAAGAAGUUGAUUGGAAAACUAAUGUUAUACAGGGCGUUGAACGACUGCUGCGAACCCAUGUCUUGAAAAUACAUCUGAAAAAAUUCGACGGAGUCUUGGAAGAAGCAAGAGGACGACGAAAGAACAUGUUCAACCAGAUGCUGAUGUUCGGAGUGAUAGUAGCCAGCCUCAUAGUCAUCCCCAUGGGCUUCCAAUUCUUAGCCAUUCUCGGCGGGAAAGCUCUUCUCCUUUCCAAGAUGGCGCUGAUCCUCGCCUCCAUCCAGGGUCUCAAGAAAAUAGCGACCUCCAACCUCAACUACGGCCUCUACUCGUACGGACCUGGAGGACCAUGGAAUUACGACAGACAGUGGCAGCAAGACGGAUACGGACUACAGAAUUAUGGUAAUGUGGAAGGAUAUGCGGACGCUCUGCAUCCUAGAAAGGACCUUUUGCAUGAUAUCCAGACGAGAUGAAACUGAUCGUGCUUCACAUAUUUAUUCAAUCAUUUCCAUAGCUAUGCAUUUAUUUAUUUUCUUAUUUAUUCAUUUAUUUAUUGUUAUAUGAUAGGUUCGAGUAGGUAUUCUUUAUUAAUAUUAUAAAGAGGAAAACUUUGAUUGUUUGUUUGUAUUCAAUAGGAUGCGAAACUACUGGACCGAUUUGAAAAAAUCUUUCACCAUUAGAAGCCG